AUGGCGCCGGAACGGCCGCACGCCUCUUUGUUCCCAAACUACGUGCUGGAUAUGGAGCUAUGGCGACGAUUCAUGGCAGAUCCACAGAUCACGGCUGACUGUCUACCACCAGACGUUCCUCUUACCAGCAUGUCGACCUCCAAAUCAGCAAAGCCGGUCAUUUUGACUGCUGCUGAGCAACAAGAAACUAUCACUUAUCUCUUCGAGCAUUCAAUAGAAAGCAUUUUACAUGAUAUUCUCUUGGAGAUUCAUCAAGAGGAGAAGAUCGGUCGUAUGCAGACCGCGGUUGUCGAAGUCGAGCAACGAGCAGAGAAGUUGGGCAAGAAAGGAAACGCCGAUCAACCAGAGGACGAGAACGCCGAUUCGGAACCUGUUGAGACCACCUCGGCCGUUCUCACAGCUGGUCAGGUGCAACUCAAAGGCAACCCAAUGAAGACCGUCAAACAUAUCAGAUGUCCCAAUUGUCGUCUCCGACGUCUACAGUAUCCCAGGGUUGGAUGGAAUUCUCGGCCAGUUCCAGACGCCACGGAGCAAUAUUGCAAGACGGAACCUAUGAUCAUUCUAGACAAACAUGAUGUUCACGGGCAACGAAAGAAAGGCGUCAAGGUCAAGGGUCAGGCCAAGGGCAAGAACAAGAAAAAGAACGACCCCGGCUCCCCAGCUCCUUCUGAAGCUUCUGAUCAGCUCACUCCAUCUUCAUCAGUACCUGGCGAGCAAUUCGAAUUCAAAGAGAUCGACUAUCCUGCUGCCAAAUGUCCCAAUCGAGAGUCACACUUGGGAGACCAUUGGAAGUCGGUCAAUGUCUUCGCAACACAUCUCAAUGGAAGUUGUUAUCUCAAGAAAGAUCGUGCGGCAGGAAGAGAGGCCAACGCAAAGAUUGGUGGCACUCCAAGAGACAGUCGUGCAAAUUCACCCAAGGCUGCUCUCAAUGGAGUCAAAAGAAAAGCAGAUGAGGAAGGCAGUACGCCCACAUUGAAGAAGAAGCAGAAAACCAGCGAUACUCGGAAAAUUGACAAGAAGGCAAUAGGAGUGCCCUCCAAACUUCGAGAAAGUAACACAAUUGAUGAUGAGAAAGGUGAAGAAAGUCCUCUGAAGGAGACGAAUGGCGACACUAUCCAAGUCACACCAACCAAAGUAGCGAGAGAUCAGAGCUCUGAGCCAAGUCUGAAGCUCAAACUCAAGGGUCUCGGUACAGGUACGGGAGAGGCUCGCAAAAAACCAAGCAAGCUAGGAAAGAAGGACAAGGAUAAGGACAAAGAUAAAGAUAAAGACAAGGAGAAGGAGAAGGACAAGUCUUGA